GAGCCGCGGUAAGAGCCGCAGAAGACGCUGAUAAAAAUGAAGAAGUCUACGCUGAACUUAUUCAAUUGUUGGACGAUACAAGUUUGUCUCUGGUCAUGAGAGAUGCAGCGGACGAUGGGAGAAAGGCGUUGAAGAUUCUGAGGGAUCACUACGCAGGUACAGGAAAACCACGUGUGAUCAGCUUGUAUACAGAGCUUACGUCUCUCCAGAAAUAUGCUAAUGAAAGCAUCACAGACUAUAUUAUACGAGCAGAGACUACUAUCACAGCACUGAGGAAUGCAGAAGAGAUUUUGAGUGACGGUUUAUUGAUAGCUAUGAUUCUGAAGGGGCUGCCAGCGUCAUUUAAGCCGUUUUCUAUCCACACUACACAAAGUGAUGAGAAGAUCACCUUCGCCGAGUUCAAGACCAAGCUGAGGAGCUACGAGAGCACUGAGAAGUUCAGUGGGAGCUCAGUUGAUGACAGCGUGAUGAAAGUAAGAGGCAAAUACUUUGAUGUGAAGCUGCUGACCUGUUAUACUUGCGGCCAGAAGGGUCACAGGGCCCGCGAGUGCAAGGCUGCUGGUCACGGGGAACAACAGAGACAGUGGUGCCGUUUUUGCAGGAGUUCCACGCACAGAGAUGCAAACUGCAGGCGGAGAGGACGACGAGACAACGUAAAACAGGCCAUGGACGAAGAGGACCACGACCACCACCACACAUUCGCCUUCAAGGCCCGCAAACGACAGGUGGACAGCGACCCGAGUGAUGGACUGAAGCAAAGAGGGCUUAUGGUCGACACCGGUGCUACAUCGCACAUAGUGACUGACAUGAACAAAUUCAAAGACUUUGACGAGAGUUUCGAGCCACGAAAACAUGUCCUGGAGUUGGCUGAUGGAGUGAGGGCCUCUGGCAUAGCGCUGAAGAGAGGUGUAGCCAAAGUUUGGCUGAAAGACAAUACGGGUCGAGAGGUGGAGCCGAUGCUGACGGGGGCGCUGUACGUCCCAUCCUUUCCCCAAGACAUUUUCUCGGUCAAAGCAGCGACGACCAAUGGAGCCACGGUCGUAUUCAAAGAAGGACAGAACAAGCUCAUUCACGAGAACGAGACCAACUUAGCUGCAACUAUACCAUCUGUAAUUGGAUGAGGCAUUCCCAGUCCUUGAGAAACUUACGCAACGAGUGGCACAGGUGGCAGCAGCAGAGCAGCGGCAGCAGCAGCAGCAGUGCCAGAGAGGUGGCUGCCCCCCCUGCUCUCAGCAUCGUAUCAGAGGUGGCACUGGAUCCACACGACUGGUCUCUCGGGCAUCACAGAGCUGGAAAGAACAUCAAUAACAGUGGUUAUGAAAAAGCUGCUUUUGUGUACAGGCACACAACUGAGCUAUAGCUUCAAUCAAACCUGGGUUAAGGGUUCAAAUCCCCAGGCAGCCAACCCUCCUCCCCUCUAAUGAAGCUAUACGUUCAACCACAGUUCCUGAUUUCAGUGAACAAGCUGGGCAAAGCUUAAAACCCUAAUGACGUCCAUACUAAACAGUAUCCAUUACACAUUUUAUAGCAUCCUU